AAGGGUUCGCCCACCCCAAAUUCAAUUCGAAGCUGAGCUAGGUUUCUAGGGUUCCCAUUCCUCUCAGUUGCUCUGCAAUUUCUGCUCCGCCACGCCGUACGACGUCGUUCGCCGCGAACUUAUCGUUUCUUCGUUGCUCUUAGGGAAAAAGGAGGUUCAUUGGAUAUGGAUGUUGAUGAGCAUUUGAAUGCUGUUGGAGAUUCUGGUUCUGAAGCUGAAAACAAAAGAAGUGAUUCUUUAGAUAACGAGAACAAGUCAUGCCAAGCUGAACCUGAGGAUUUGCAAGUUGGUAUUGAGUUGACGGAGACUGUUACCAUGCAUGCUGAGAAUGGAAGAUCUGUAUCAGGUGCUAAAAGAGCUCGGAUUACUGUUGAUGAACAUCAACCUUCAGUUCAUUUCGUUUAUAGUUCCCUAACAAGAGCUAGUAGAAAGAAGCUUGAGGAACUACUACAACAGUGGUCGGAAUGGCAUGCUAAACACAUUACUUCAUCCAAUGAUCCUAGCGAAGUUUUGGAAUCUGGUGAAGAGACUUUUUUUCCUGCUCUACAUGUUGGACUUGAAAAGACCUCUUCCGUGUCAUUCUGGAUGGAGAACCAGACAAGAAAUGAUAAGAAUAAAGAUUUCAUUCCUUUAGAUGGUGAUUCUGUGCCUCUAUAUGAUCGCGGAUAUGCUUUGGGAUUGACUUCAGCUGAUGGUUCAAGUAAUGUGGAUGGUGGUCUGGAGAUCAUUGAUGCUGCUGCCCGGUGCUUCAAUUGUGGUUCUUAUAAUCAUUCGUUGCGCGAGUGUCCAAAGCCUCGUAACAAUGUUGCUGUCAAUAAUGCUCGCAAACAACACAAGUCCCGACGGAACCAGAAUGCUUCUUCCCGCAAUCCAACUCGAUAUUAUCAGAAUUCUCCAGCUGGAAAGUAUGAUGGUUUGAGGCCAGGUGCUCUUGAUGAUGUAACACGUCAACUCUUGGGCAUGGGGGAGCUUGAUCCACCUCCGUGGCUUAACAGAAUGCGAGAAAUAGGAUACCCACCUGGAUAUCUUGAUGUGGAUGAUGAGGAUCAGCCUUCAGGCAUUACAAUAUACACUGAUAGGGAGAUUUCAGAACAGGAGGAUGGGGAGAUUAUGGAAGCAGAUUUUUCAAAACCAAAACGGAAAAUGACUGUUGAAUUUCCCGGAAUAAAUGCACCUAUUCCUGGAAAUGCCGAUCAAAGAUUGUGGGCUGCUGUGACUGGACCCUCAAGUUCAGAUGUUCCAAGAAACUGGUCACAGCAUCGGUGGAAUCAAAGUCCUGAAUAUGGCAGCAGAGGCUAUUAUCGAGAGCAAAGAUUGUUAGGGGACUUCAGGGAAGAUGGUCCUCCAGGGGACCCAGGAUAUAAUUCAUCCAAGUAUAGUUUCCAUCCUAGGUUUGGUGGUCAUGAUUCUGUACCAAGAAGUCCUUCGAUGUCAAGGUCCCAAUCAGACCGGAGAAGUCCUUUGCAUGAUGAAGAAUCCCCAAAGCCUAUUUCUUUCCAUUCUCUUCAUUAUUCAUCUUCAGAGAGGCUUCUUUCACCCUUGGACCGCGAUUCCAGUAGGCGUGGAAGCUGGACGCCGGAAAGCCUUUUUGACAGAGACCGAGAUCUUUCUUCUCGAUUUAAGGACAAGUCAGAAGACCGUCACUAUCGUAGUGGGAGGUGAGAUGGCAUCAACAAUAUCAUAUUGGUAGGUUGAAAAGGUACAUUUCUGUCGUGCAUACCUUGAAAUUAUUUAACCUCACCUUAUUAGGGACUGCUGGGGUUGUACAAAGUUAUAAGGAAGUUGGCAGGUUUAGCCAUUUCUGGUAUGUAUGCACUCAUCUUUAGGCUAUAUCAGCUGCAACCCCUGGAUGUUCAGCCUGUGUUUAAAAUCUUUGGAAUAGAAUAUGGUUAUUUGUAAAGAUUAAUUAUCACUUCAUUGUAGUUUUCUCUUUUUGUCUGUCUCUUUAUCAGGGUAUGUGGACCUAUAUCCAAAAGGAAAUCCUUAGUGUCAUCAACCCUAGAGUUCAUAAAAACAUGGUAGUUGCUGUUUGCCAAUUACUAUUAUUGAUUUGAUA